AUCCAAUUCAUUCAUCUUUUUUUCUCUCUUCCACAUUUUUUGAGUUCUCACACCCAUAUUUUAUUUAAUGGAAAUUUCUUCUUUCCUAUUUCCCACCCAGGAAGAUUAUCCUUCACCAAAUUUCUUCAGUUUUUUUCAAGAUUUUGACUUGCCUGCUUCUGAUACUACUAGUACUACUCCUACUGUUACUGCUUCUGAACCACUUACCAAGAAGCGAAGAACUGAUGAUUUUGAUUUCGACCAAGUUAUUGAAGAGGGCUCUUUGAAGACCGUUGAGGAUAUUUUGAGCAAAUUUUUGGGAUUUGACAACGAACAAGAGAAAAUUAACCCCAAAAUGGAUUGGUCAUCUCAGCAGCCGUUGGCAAAUGAAUCCGUUUUCGACUUUUCAAAUCAACAACCCGGUUUAAUGAUGAAUGAGAAAGCGAAGCCAAUGGCGGUUAAUAACAAAAGGAGUCGUCAGAAUUCAGUCUCAACUUCGGAGGAGGAUUCUCAGCCUCCACAACAAAGGAGAUUAUGGGUGAAAGACAGGUCUAAAGCAUGGUGGGAUCAGUGCAAUAGCCCUGAUUUCCCAGAAGAGGAGUUUAAGAAAGCGUUCAGGAUGAGCAGAGCAACUUUUGAUAUGAUCUGUGAAGAAUUGGAAUCUGUAGUCACUAAAAAGGACACAAUGCUACGGCAAGCAAUCCCAGUUCGCCAACGUGUUGCUGUCUGCAUUUGGAGAUUGGCUACAGGGGAACCACUUCGUGAAGUUUCAAAGCGUUUUGGCCUAGGCAUAUCUACUUGUCAUAAACUUGUUCUAGAGGUUUGCACUGCCAUUAAAGGCAUUCUCAUGCCUAAAUUCGUGCAAUGGCCUAGUGAUGAUAACAAGAUGAACGAGAUCAAACAUGAAUUCCAGAUGUUAUCCGGGAUGCCAAAUGUAUGUGGAUCCAUUUACACAACGCAUGUUCCAAUAAUUGCCCCAAAGGUAAGUGUAGCUGCUUAUUUCAACAAAAGGCACACAGAGAGGAAUCAGAAGACGUCAUACUCUGUUACAGUUCAAGGCGUUGUUGAUCCAAAAGGGACUUUUACAGAUGUCUGUAUCGGUUGGCCCGGUUCAAUGUCUGAUGACAAAGUCUUGGAAAAAUCAGCUCUGUAUCAGAGAGCAAACAGGGGACAGUUGAAGGAUACUUGGGUUGUUGGGAAUUCAGGGUAUCCAUUAAUUGACUGGCUUUUAGCUCCUUACACACGCCAGAAUCUUACUUGGACUCAGCAUGCUUUCAAUGAAAAAGUUGGGGAAAUCCAGAAGGUUGCUAAAGAGGCGUUUAUGCGAAUGAAAGCAAGGUGGAGCUGCUUGCGGAAGAGAACAGAGGUGAAGCUUCAAGAUUUGCCUGUGGUUUUGGGGGCUUGCUGCGUAUUGCAUAAUAUUUGCGAGAUGAGAGGCGAACAACUGAAUCCAGAGCUGAGAUUUGAUCUUAUUGAUGAUGAAAUGGUUCCAGAAACUAUAGUGAGGUCAAUGAAUGCUGUGCAGGCUAGGGACCAGAUUGCUCACAAACUCUUGCACCAUAACCAUGCAGCCACCAAUUUCCUAUAACAAAUUGUUCUAUGUUUUAAUUUUCUGUAUAAGAUAAAUAUAGGGGGCAGGAGUGAAUUUUUUUUCGAUGGCCAUUUGAUGUCAUGUAAUAGAAUAAGCACAAUACUGUAAGUGAUGCAAAAUUUUGGAUAUCAAAUGGAAACUUCCAUUGCUGUUA